AUGUGUAGCGAAUGGUUCUUUAUUAAUAAACUCUAUAUUGUAAAAUCCUUGCAGAUGACCCCUGAGUUCCUGGUCUACAGCACAAACCCGACCCACAGCCCAACUCCUUCUGUGAACUCUCCUAUCAUCAGGACCAACUCUGCUGUGGUGCCCAUCCAGUGCUACUACCCCAGACACGGGAAUGUGAGCAGCAACGCCAUCAAGCCAACGUGGAUGCCCUUCAGCUCCACCGUAUCUGCAGAGGAACGUCUGUCCUUCUCCUUGCAGUUGAUGAAUGAGAACUGGUCUGCCCCAAGAUCCUCUACAGGCUUCAAGCUGGGUGAAGUAUUCCACAUUGAGGCUUCUGUCGCUGUUGGGAACCACGUGCCUAUGAGGAUCUUCGUGGACAGCUGUGUGGCCACGUUAUCCCCUGAUGGCUCCUCCGGUCCCCGUUAUGACAUCAUUGGUUACUAUGGGUGUUUGUCGGAUGGUAGAGAGGAGGAUUCAUCCUCAGCCUUCAGAUCCCCGAGACCCCGUCCAGACACGCUGCAGUUCAUGGUGAAUGCUUUCAGGUUUACUGGGACUGAUACCUCUGUGAUCUACAUCACCUGUAACCUGAGAGCUGCUGCAGAAAACCAGGUCCCAGAUCCACUAAACAAGGCCUGUUCCUACAGCAAAUCCACCAACAGCUGGUCAGCUCUUGAAGGCUCCAAUGAUAUCUGCAGAUGCUGUGACACCGGUACCUGCACCACUCCAACUCCGUUCAGACCCAGGAGACCUUGGAAAAGGGAGGCUGCAUCUGGAAACAUCAAUUAUGAGGGAUGGGUGAGCGCUUUACAGGUUUUAUUGAACUUGCAUGCCCUCGUCGCUAAUUCGCAACAUUUAAAGCUGCAAACACCCAACAGCCCGGGCAAAUGUCUGCUAAAUUAG